AUGCAAACUAAUAGCGUAAAAUCAUGGAAAGAAGGGUUGAGAUUUGUGCAGUUAAUGAAGAAUAAAGCGCUUCAUUCUGGUAUUCAAAGGUCACCGUACGAGGCAAUGUUUGGAACAGAUAUGAGAGUUGGUUUGACUACACAUUUUCCUAGCGAAUCCGUUGAUAAAAUCAAUUCUGAAGAUGAUCUAGAAAUAUUUUUAAACAAUAUCAAUGUAGAAGAAGAUGUGAAUGCAAAAAAUAAUAUUCAAGUGGUGAAUGAAGCAUCAAAGGACGAAGGGUUGUGUGACUUAAUAUCUAUAAGACAGGUAUGA